GAGCGUGAACGGCGCUAUAGCCUGGGGCACCACAUUGCAAACUUUCAUUAACGUCCUAGUGGAUUUUCUGGUGCCGACAGAGACGUCGUACGAGCAGGACGUCACUUUCAAGCAGUUUUGUGUUCGUUUGAAGAAGAAAAGCUCAGAGUUGCUCUUGCUCUGUCUGCUCGAGACCGAAAGUCUGUCAUAAGUCUGGAUUCACUGAUUCAUGCUGCCACGGCUUUAAGGUCUGUCGUGUUGAGUGACGGACCGUGUAAAAGAGGACUGUAAGGACAAAGAACCCCUUGUGGUGUGCUUGUAUGUGUGUGUGAGGCGAGGGUUUGUCCGUCAUGGGUGUGUUGGCCUGGCUGAAGAGCCAGUUCAUCCUGCAGCUCCUCAUCGGCUUCGUAUUCGUGGUCAGCGGCCUCAUCCUCAACUUCAUUCAGCUGUGUACCUGCGUGCUUUGGCCAAUCAACAGGCAGCUCUACCGCAGGAUCAACACCCGUUUGGCCUAUUCGUUAUGGAGCCAGUUGGUGAUGCUUUUAGAGUGGUGGUCAGGAACAGAAUGCACGCUCUAUAUGGACGAGGUUUCCAUCCAAAACUUUGGAAAAGAGCAUGUCAUCGUCAUCCUCAACCACAACUACGAAAUCGAUUUUCUGUGCGGCUGGGCCAUGUGCGAGAGAUACGGCGUGCUGGGGAGCUCCAAGGUGCUGGCGAAACAUGAGCUGCUGAAGGUUCCUCUGAUUGGCUGGACCUGGUACUUCCUGGAGAUUGUGUUCUGUAAGAGAAAGUGGGAGGAGGACAGGAAGACGGUGCUUAAGGGGCUCAGCCAGCUCAGGGAUUAUCCUGAGCCCAUGUGGUUCCUGCUGUACUGUGAGGGAACACGGUUUACAGAGCAAAAGCACCAGAUCAGCAUGCAGGUGGCUGAGAGUAAAGGUCUCCCCAGACUCAAAUACCACCUACUGCCACGCACCAAGGGCUUCACCACCACACUCCAAUGCCUAAAGGGAACAGUCAAAGCCGUGUACGACGUCACACUGAAUUUUAAAGAUAAGGAGAAUCCCACGCUGCUAGGCAUCAUCAAUGGCAAGAAAUACAGAGCCGACAUGAAAGUCAGGCGAUUUGAGGUCGAGGAGAUCCCCGAUGACGAGAAGGAGUGUGCUAACUGGCUUCACAAGCUCUAUCAGGAGAAGGAUGAACUGCAAGAGUACUACUUGAAGGAGGGGCGUUUCCCGGGACAAGCUAUCAAGCCCAAACGGCGGUUAUGGACCCUGCUUAACUUCCUGUUCUGGGCGACGCUGCUGCUGUCUCCACUCAUUAACUUCGCCUGGGACGUCUUUGUCAGUGGCUCACCUCUCCUCAUCAUCAGCUUCGUGAUCUUCCUCAUUAUUGCUUCCGUAGCUGUGCGGCGUCUCAUCGGCGUGACGGAGGUGAAUAAAACAGGCUCCAGCUAUGGUAAUGCUGAAUCCAAGAAAGAAAACUAGAACUUUCAGCUGGUCUGACUGCCUGCGGCCACUGCAUCACUCACUUUCAUUGCUAGGGCAUGGAAUCGCCCGCCUGUGCAGUCGUCCUCCUUUUUAACAAAGUAAAAAAAAAACAACAGUAAUACUGGGUGGAGGGGUUAAUAAUAAUAAUAAUAAUAAUAAAGAAAUGUCAACAUGGCAUUGUCAACAAGCAUGUAGGGGUGGGUUGGGGAAUGUAGAUGAUUCUAAGUUUAUAAACCUAGAGUAAUACUUAUUAAUUAAUUAUGAUGAUCAUUUAAAACGAACAAAGUGUGAAAGCAUUUGAGAUUAUCAUUUCCCUCGGCAGCCUGGACUCUGGCGGUUGACCGAGAGGGGAUGUGGCAGCUCCGUCCUCUCCUGCUUAGCUUAGUCUCUCACUAGUUCAGGACCAAUUUCCUUAAAGGUUUCUACAGAGCCAUGUAAUGUGGAAUGUUUCCGUUUCAACCCCAUAGUUUCUGGUCCAUAAGCAUAUAUUACCCCUGUGCACGGCUCUGCGGGUCUCCCACUGUCCAGCUGUUAUAAUCCCAGCUGUGAAAUCAUAUGAAAAGAUCAUAACCAGGUUUCAGUCAAAAGAUUAAAUGAUUUUAUUUUUAUUUUUUAUUUUUAGUGUUCUGUGGACAGCAAUGCACCAGUGACAACCAAAGUCUUUGCAUUGUAGUCCGAAGACUCUGAGAUGAGUCCUCGAUUGUGAUUAGAAUAACUGCAGGGUUCAAAUUUAAAACACAGGGUCAAGAAAGAGUUUUAGAAAUAAAGUGAAUCAGUUUGGUGCCUCGUUAUUUCUUGGAAUCACCACACUGUCGUUUGUCUGAGUCAGUGUCCAUUUCAUGUGAAAUCCACUUCUGCUUUAGGACUGCCUGCAGAAAUGUGACUUAAACAACAGAUUCAAGUCGCGUGUUAAAAUGUUAAGCUGUUCAACAUUUAGACAGUUGUUCUCUAGCUAAACUUGCAACAAUGUGAAGGUCCUUGGUUGUCAAAUGGACCAAGGGGUUCAGUUUCUAUAGUUUACUCACUGUGAGAAAUGGCUUUGUAGCACAUGCGAUUGAGACAUCACUGAGUUUGGAUUUUUUUUUUUUUUUUUUUUUUUUUUUUCUAGACAAAUAAAAAAAAAAAAAAACCCAGACAUCCUCUUAAGCUUUCUCCAAUACAUUUCUUUUUGGAAUUUAACAAUAGUAAUGAACCAUUUCGCUAAUUGUUGGGUGGAUGUUACUCAAUUACCUUCCUUCUAUAAGUCCUACUACAGGACACAUGGCUUCAUCGGUUGGUGAGUUGGUUCAGUUUGAGUUUUGCUAAAUGAGAUGACUUGAUUUACACUGGAUUCACCUUUCUUCUGCCAGUCAUCUUGCUCCAUCAUGGAGCUCAAAUUUUAUACCACCAAGGAUAAUCUAAUCUGGGCUAAUCGUGCAGCUUUUGUGUCUGUGUUCAUAUAGAAAAACAUUUACCACAAAACCUUGGGGAUUUUGGUCAUUCAGGGUUCUUUUUUAUGUAUAAUGUGUUGAUUUUAUGAUUUCUGGGAAUAGAUUUUUGCACUGCACUCUGUAUGCUCAUGUGCAACAAAUCUGUACAAUUGGCUUUCACUGUGCACAUCCUGCAUGAGGUAAAAGUUUACUAGUGAGAGGGACAAUAGGCUUUUUUUUUUUUUUUUAAACAAACUAGUUGUAACACUUUCUCCUGAAUAUUUUACCAGAUCCAUUUUAAGAAGCCAAUCAUUUGUUGCUGUAGUCAUGUUUAUCACUUGAUACUGGAACUAGCAAAAAGUGUGGCGAGACAUGGAUUAUUUAUCUAUUAAAGUUUCAAUUUUUUUAAGCACCGAUGUUUUAUUCAGUAGCCUCACAUCCUGGAUAUUUACUCAUGAAGACUGAUUAAAAUAUGCUGUUUUACCAAAAUGUGCUCUGUGAAUGAUGGCCUCAGUGUGAGGCAUGUGUGGAGGAGGGAAAACAUAAGAGGGAGUGUUUCCCAUAUGGGGAUUUCAAAUAUGUGUGUGAACGUCCUCCUUGAGAUGUUUUUGAGCUUUGCUAUGUUGAAGAUUGUGUAGAAAUAAUAAAUUAAUAUAGGAAUUUAAAAAGGUCUCAGCAUUUCCCCACUUUUUGUGUUAUGUACCAACUCAAUUAAAGAAUUCAGUAAGUGAUAGGAA